UCCCCCGGGGUGGGCAGACCCCUAUAUCAGCCAGGCUCGCGGGGACAGCACCAGCAGACUGAGACCGUGACGUCCCCCAACCCCUCAGCCAGCCUUUGCAGCCAUGGAUGACAUCUAUAAGGCAGCGGUUGAGCAGCUGACAGAAGAGCAAAAAAAUGAGUUCAAAGCUGCCUUUGACAUCUUCGUGCUGGGCGCGGAGGAUGGCUGCAUCAGCACGAAGGAGCUGGGGAAGGUGAUGCGGAUGCUGGGGCAGAACCCCACCCCUGAGGAGCUGCAGGAGAUGAUAGACGAGGUGGAUGAGGACGGCAGUGGUACGGUAGACUUUGAUGAGUUCCUUGUUAUGAUGGUCCGGUGUAUGAAAGAUGACAGCAAAGGAAAAACCGAAGAGGAACUCUCAGAUCUCUUCAGGAUGUUUGAUAAAAACGCUGAUGGCUACAUCGACCUUGAGGAGCUGAAAAUUAUGCUGCAGGCAACGGGAGAGACCAUCACCGAGGAUGACAUAGAAGAACUGAUGAAAGAUGGAGACAAAAACAACGAUGGCAGGAUUGACUAUGAUGAGUUCCUGGAGUUUAUGAAGGGAGUUGAAUAAAUCUGAAGCCAGAUCGACAGCCUGAACCUCCUAAACCCCUCCAGCUCUGCUUCUCGUCUCCUUGGCUAUAUCCCCUGGCUACCAGCAUGAAGACUGAGCGCUGAGAAGGGUGGCCGUUGGGAAAAUAAAAAGCCUUCAUACUGAA